AUGACUUACGUACGGCAUUACGGUAGACCUGAUUUGUUUGUUACAUUUACAUGUAAUCCAAAGUGGGAAGAAAUACAAAUUUUGUUACUACCAGGUCAAGAAUCAAUACAUCGCCAUGAUAUCGUCGCACGUGUCUUCAAACAAAAACUAAAAUCUUUGAUUGAUUUAAUUGUAAAACAUUCAGUUUUCGGUAACGUGUGCUGCUGGCUAUAUUCCAUUGAAUGGCAAAAGCGAGGUUUACCUCAUGCUCACAUUUUAGUUUGGCUUGAAGAUAAAAUCCGUCCAGAAGAAAUUGAUCAAAUAAUUUCCGCCGAAAUUCCGAAUCCAUUAGCUGACCCAGAGUUGUUUGAGAUUGUCACCAAUCACAUGAUCCACGGACCUUGUGGUGCUUUUAACAUGACAUCACCAUGCAUGGAAGAUGGAAAAUGUAAGAAACGUUUCCCAAAACAAUUUACAAAUGAUACUAUAACGGAUAUUGAUGGUUAUCCAUUGUACCGCCGUAGAAACGCUGAGAAUGGUGGCAACACAUAUUCAAUGCGGAUGUCAAUUUUUGCAAAUUACGUUGAACUUGAUAACCGGUGGGUAGUUCCAUACUCACCACUACUUUCAAAAACGUAUAAGGCUCAUAUUAAUGUUGAAUAUUGCAGUUCCGUUCGUUCAAUUAAGUACAUUUGCAAAUACGUUAAUAAAAGUAGUGAUUUGGCCGUAUUUGAAGUACGAAAUAUAAACAAGAAUGAUAAACUAACACGUUACCAAAUGGGUAGAUAUAUCAGUAGCAACGAAGCUAUCUGGCAUAUAUUUAGUUUUCCAAUUCACGAAAGAGACCCUUCUGUCCAGCAUCUUGCAGUACAUCUCGAAAACGGUCAGCGAGUAUAUUUUACUGAGGAAAAUAUUCUCCAAAGAGCACUUGAGCCACCAAAAACAACACUAACUGAAUUUUUUACAUUGUGUCAAAAAUCUGACAAUUCGCAAAAACAAUAUUAUAUACCGAUAUUCCACGCUAUUUUACAUGGAAUAAAAUCGGGAAAAAAUGGGAACCACGUAAACAAGGAACACAACAUUCAUCAAUCCCUGGCAUAUUCAAAGCCAAGACAUUGGGGCGACUUUACACUGUGCAUCCAAAACAACGCGAAUGCUUUAUUUUUGUGUUUGUUGUUUGUGAAUAUUCCCGGACCAACAUCUUUCGAAUUUUUGCGCACAGUUAAUGGUCAAGUGUUCAAUACAUAUCAAGAUGCAUGUCGCGAGUUGCAAUUACUGGAUGCACACAAUCAUUGGGAUUUGACCCUUGCUGACGCGGCGUUGACAUCAACGCCAAAUAAUAUUCGUCAACUGUUUGCAAUAAUUUUGACGACAUGUUAUCCAACACAAUCAUUGGCUCUGCGGGAAAAAUAUAAAAAUUAUAUGACUGAUAACAUACUGCAUCGAGUUAAACAAAUAAAACAAUGUCCAAAUCUAGAUUUUACACCAUAUAUGCAUAACGAAGCGUUAGUAUUGAUCGAAGAUUUAUGUAUUUUAAUUUCACAUUUGCCACUUAGUCAUUAUGGUAUGCCAUCACCUGAUCGCCUGGCUACCGACUUAGUUAAUACUGAUUUGCAACGAGAAAAGCAAUACAAUGCCGUUGACUUAGCUACAAUUAUUGCGAAUAAUGAACCAUUACUGACAGUUGAACAAAAAAAUAUUUAUAAUCAGGUUAUGCUGACCGUUGAUACUGAACAAGGCGGAUUUUUUUUUCUUAGACGCACCAGGUGGAACCGGCAAGACAUUUUUGAUAUCAUUAAUCCUUGCAAAGAUACGAUCACAACAGAAAAUCGCAUUGGCAAUUGCAUCAUCAGGCAUUGCUGCCACUUUGUUAGAUGGUGGGCGAACAGCACAUUCUGCUUUGAAGUUGCCAUUAGAUAUUCAUAA